AUGCAUCUGACAUUGAUCCGGGAUAUGUAUCUAUCUCCCUCCGCCCUUUUCACAAGCGAUUACCUGCUGCUUAACGCCAGAGGGGUGUCAAGCACUGCUACAACUCUUUGUUUGUUUCUAUAUGAUACCCAACUCCCAAGAGUACGUCGGUCAGCUUCGAAUAUAAACACAUCAAGCUAUACAUCCAUCCAAAUUAUUGCGACGCAUAUUGGGACUCCCGUCUUCUAUAUCUCGUUUGAGCAGGCAUCAAAAAUAUUUCGAAUAUUCGUUUCACUUCGCCGGGACGCUUUCAUUCAGAACCUUUUCUAUCACGCCUCUUCAGCCAUCGAUCUCUAUUUUGAAUACGUUGGAUACCUUCACAUAUCUCGACAUAGAUAUUCUAGGAUAAUCGUAAAGAUGUGCGAAAAUACCUUCACGGAGUACGACGACUGCAAACAUUGGGUCAACCAGGUCAAACUUUGUGAUAAAUUCGAGAAGGGAGAGCGUAACAAGCAUUGCUCAAACGUGCCGCCGGCUACGAAUCAGGACAAAAAGCCUGGAUCCGACUGCCCGAAGUGCCACAAGCGGGUCCCAGACCACCUGGACUGGACGAAAAUCAAAGAACCUGAGGAUGAAAGUAGAGUGAGGCUUCAGUUUAUGGCCCAAGAACAUGAGGUAUCAGCUCUGUGCAGAGGCUCCACACUCUUGGCCGGCGCUAGGCGUCGUUUCUUGCAGCCUCCGGACCAACGUGGAUCUAGUGAUAGUGGACACUUAACCCUAACGGUUCACGUUGCGCUCUUUGAAGAUAAGCUUUUGAGCUUUGUUGUCCCAAGACAACGAAACAGCAGUGGACAAUCAGGAGAGAGAGAGAGAGGGAGCAUGGAUCGGCAUCCUUCUUCGUUUGAAUUGACACGCUGGGAGCGGACUUGGGAUUUCGGUUCAUCGUCAAACGAUGCUUAUCACCGCGCGGCCUCCGGUGCCGGUGACAUAGACAAUAGCAUGGGUGGAGCAAUGUUCAACACUAUGAACAACAACAACAACAACCGCCCGGGCGACUGA